AGUAGCGUUAGCGUAGCAAAGCCAGCAGCGAGAGAGAGAGAGAGAGAGAGUGUGUGUGUGUGUAAAACCAAAAGCUCAAAAGGCGCUACGCAGCCGGAGGAAUUGAAGAAACUGAAGCGGAAGGAGAAGGUUGUUGAUUGAGUACAGGGAAGCUGCAGCAACUUCCCUUUCUUUGCUUCGCCAGCCGCCUCUCUGUCCAGACUCCUCAGAUAGUUAAGAUGGCAAGGUGGGAUGAGAUUCUGUCCCUCCCAGUACAGAACCCUCCCACGCUGGACUUCUCUGCUGGUGACCUUGUUUGGUCCAAGGUGGAAGGUUGGCGCGACAAUUUAGACAGGCUUGCGCUUAUACCUUAUGCUAGGGUGGAUGAUUUUGUUAGAGGUGAAUCUGCCAACAAAGAUUGCCCCACUAGAUUUCACGUUGAAGCAAGACGGCGUCGGCCUCCACAGGCAUCUUGCAAGCAAAAGGUUGAUGGCAUUCUUGAGUACAUACUGUAUUGGUGUUCAUUUGGUCCUGAUGAUCACCGAAAAGGCGGCAUAGUAAGACCAAGUAGGAAUACCUAUGUUCCAAAGAAGAAAAAUGCCGGUCGACCAAAUACUAAGAGGGGUUGUACCUGCCACUUUAUCGUGAAGCGCUUGAUUGCUGAACCAACUGUCGCGCUAGUCAUUUAUAACCAAGACAAGCAUAUUGAUAAAAUGGGUCUCCCAUGCCAUGGCCCACAGGACAAGAAGGCGGAAGGAACGCGUGCUAUGUUUGCACCAUACAUCUCUGAGGAUCUCCGGCUUCGUGUUUGGUCUUUAUUGUAUGUUGGUGUAUCUGUUGAGACCAUUAUGCAGAGGCACAAUGAAUCUGUGGAGAAACAAGGUGGCCCUAGCAAUCGUGACCAUCUCUUAACCCAUAGGUAUGUCCGAAGGCAGGAACGGAGCAUGAGAAGAUCAACAUACCAACUGGAUGAAGAUGAUGCAGUUAGUAUUGGAUUAUGGGUUGAAAGCCACCAGAGCCAUGUGUUCUUUUAUGAGGACUUCUCUGAUACUGACCCAUUAGUGUUGGGGAUUCAAACAGAGUGGCAGUUGCAGCAGAUGAUUCGGUUUGGAAAUAAAAGACUUAUGGCUUCAGAUUCGAGCUUUGGACCAAAUAAACUAAAGCAUCCUGUUCAGACUCUUCUGGUGUUCAACUCAGAAAACAAGGCUAUACCAGUAGCUUGGAUCAUAACACCAAGAUUUGCAAGUACUGCACAUAAGUGGAUGAGGCCACUUUAUAAUAGAGUCCGUUCGAAGGAUCCCAACUGGAUGUUAGCUGGCUUUAUAGUGGAUGAUCCGUCGAUGGAUAUCCUUACAAUCAGGGAUGUCUUUCAGUGCUCAGUAUUGUUGUCCUUUUGGCGGGUACGGCAUUCAUGGCAUAAGAACCUAGUAAAGAGGUGCACUGAGACAGAACGUGUUCAGAUAUCACAGCAGCUUGGGCUGAUAGUGGACAAGAUCCGCACAGGACCCCUAAAUAUGAAUCCAUUUGAUGCAUUCAUGGAGGAGUUUGGUGCUUCCUCUGAUUUUAUCGAUUACUUCAAGGCAACCUGGUAUCCUAGAAUAGGACUUUGGACAACUGCACUCAGAACUAUUCCACUGGCUAGUCAGGAGACAGGUGCUGCACUGGAGUUUUACCACAAUCAACUGAAGGUCAGACUACUUCUGAAUGAGAAAGAUUCUGAUGUCUAUCAACGUGCCGACUGGCUGGUCGAUAAACUAGGUACAAAAGUCCAUUCCUACUUCUGGCUCGAUGAAUACUCCGAGAAGGACUACUUUGCAAGAUACUGGAAAGAUGAAUGGAUCACUGGGUUAACAUCAUGGCGGAAAGCAUUAAAAAUUCCCGACUCUGAUGUCAUCUUGGAGGAAGGGACAUCUUGUGUGAGAGUAAUCAACCAAGUAGAUCGCGAUAAGGUACACCUCGUGAGGAACUCGGGUUCACAAUUUGCUCUUUGUGAUUGCAAAUGGGCAGAGAUGGGCAACCUGUGUGAGCAUGUAUUUAAAGCUAGCAAGUUGAUCCUUCAAAAAGAGAAUAGGGAUCUUUAUCCAUCUACAACAGUAUCUCAGUAUAUCCAGGCUCUAUUGGAAAUGCUACAUUGCCCUACCAAUGAUUCUUUGAUUCGUGAUCAUGCUGUCUCCCUCUCGGUCCUUGUGCAUAAGAAGUUGGAUUCACUUGUUGCUCCAGAUAGCCGAUCAACUCCCAUGGAUCAACUGGUCUUGAGCAAGAUCCUUCAGAAGAGGAUGAUGGUUGGGCCAGGUGUUGCAGAGCAAUCGAGUAGUGGAAGAGAAACUGGGUGCUCUGCAAUGGAUGUCGAUCUAUCGUCACCAUCACGCUGUAUGGGACAUUGUGAGGAGACCCAUGAUGUGCUUGGAGAUGUAAGCUGUAACAUUGUCGACGGCAGAAUUGAAAGAUUGUGCAAUGGUAUGGAUCUGGACUCAUCACCACCCACCAGUACCUCACCUAGGUUGCAUUCUAGUGAUGAGGCCAGCAACAAUGGCAACUCAUCAAACAGUAAGGAGAUUGCCAGGAGUAACAUGAAACCUAUUGCAGGUGAAACUCGAGAUUCGGAAGUGGAUAUAUCCACUGAUGUAAUAUGUGGGGAACAGGAGGAUAGUCCAGUGAAAUUGAAACCAGUUUCUGAUGAUAACCUCCAACUACAAUUGAACCUACCUACUGUAGUCGCAACGGAAGAAGUGAACUCUUAUGAGAAGUUUCCUUCAGCUCAUGAACCGUUAUUCACUACCGCCGUUACAAAAGGGGAUGUUGCUGGAACAGCCAGUCCUAGCAUCAAAUGAGCGUGAUGGAGACGUCAGAAUGUGAGCUUGUGAGACUUCUUAGUUCUUCUUAGUCUAAUUUAUGUUUCCAUAAGUGGUUGGAUUAGGUAUCUUCUACAGAUAGAUCAAUCCAUUUUUUGGUUGAAAGGAUUCUCUGUUCCGAUUUGGUAUGGAUGAUACAUGGCGCAGUUACUUGCAGUAACAAGACGGGAAUCGUGCUCUUGUAAUUAUAGUGCAGGAAAUACAAUACAAUCAGAAGGAGAAAUUAACAUGCCUUCGGGAC